UAGGCUAUGGCAUUUGGAUAAACAUCAACAGUGGAUUCAUAAAAGAAAAUCUCUUAGUUGAUACAGAUCUAAGUACGUAUAUUUAAAGCAUUGGUGUACAUGGAUUAAAAGUAUCGUAGAAAAGCAUUGUUUUCCCAACCCAGCCAUAGAACAAGUCACUUGUCGGAGUUUGAAAAAUGCUUUUCGCUACUUUAAUUUUGAGUGUGUUUUUUAUCGUUACAGAAAGCGAAACCGAUCAGAACUCUCUUGAAUUUCAAAGAGCAAAUGGAAUCAACGUUACAAUAGAUGGCUACCUACCCCGGUGUCCAGGGUGUGUGGUGUUUGGGAGGGAUCCACUGAUCGUCUAUGGCAAGUUUCAUCUACCAAGGGACAAGUGGCACAUAAUAACGCCAGAUCCCGCGUACACACGACCUCAACCAUCCUUUUUCGUCUCAUUUUGCCGUUCAGGCUGCGAAGACUUAGCCGAUUGGAAAAAAUGGUUUGGGUAUUGCCGGUUUGGAAAGGAUUUCUUCAAACCAGACGGCUGCAAAUUAAAUGAUCAAAUAGUACGAAAAUUGGCCUAUUCCAAUUGCUACUGUGAUGACACUGAACCGAUGCGCUGGUUUGCUUUGAUAGAUCCCUUUUAUUUUAAAAGUCCUUAUAUGAUAAUCCGUGCUGUUUGGGAUGGAGGCGAUAGAACGAAACCAAGAUUUUUUCCACUCCAGAAGCAUAACACAAUUUAUCUCAAGGAUAUUAUUGAUCGUGGCCAUAUUGUUAUGUCUCAAAGAUCUACGAACAGAUCCAAGUCCUGGGCGGCGGAUCUUCUGCUGGAGUUGACCUCAGUUGUCCUGGCCUUUGGUACCGUGGCUUUCUUCAUGUCUUAGGCUGAGAUCCUGCUCAUUGGUGUCCAUUUGGGUGUGACCAUUACAAAUCUCGGAACCAGGCAACUCUGUAUCACCACCAGAUAGAAUGUAAAAUGGCUCAUGUUAGUGUUUCAAUAAAGUUUUAUUUCUAAUUCAUUAAAAGACACAGUCAAUGUUUCUACA